AUGGCAGGCAAGCCUUCCGGGGCGCUGAAGACCAGCGCCCCAGCGGUGGACCCCGACCCCGCGGCGCCCGCAGCCCGGGCCGCGGCCGCGAUGGUCGGGCCCAGGUUCCGCCAGGCCCUCCAGGCCCUCCGGGGGUGCGGCAAGGAGUCCAGGGAGGACACGCGCAAGGCGCGCAGCGCCUCGGGCGCGCGGACCUCCAGCCCCGGCAGCCCCGGCAGCCGAACCACCCGAAGCCGCCGGGCGGCUUCCACCCGCAGAGACGGCAGCCAGGCGGCCUCCAAAGCGGAUGGCGCUUACCAGGCGGCACCUCCCAAGAAUCGCAUCGCCAAAUACGGCGGCGUGAAGAAAGGCCGGACCCGCGUCUCGGUGCCAGCGCCGGCCUUCCGAUGUUUGGGCCAAGCUGCCGCAGGGAUCCGGGAGAUGGACUGGAACAAGCUGUACAGAGCCCUGGAGAUCUUGACGCGCUUCUUGAUCCCCUGCGAAUCUGUUUCUCUAUACCUGGUCGAGGAAGGCGGUCGCUACCUGCGGCGGGUGAACACCUUCCUCGAGUCCUUCCCGCCGGAACGCCGUGGUCAUCUCCUGACCCCGGUGUCGGAGAGCACAGUGGAGGGUGCCGCGGCUGUCCAUGCAGAGCCCUGUGGUUUGCCCGUGAGGGCUAAGGUGGUGACCAAGACACAGGUUGAGUGGGCCAGCCGGGAGGCCACUGGGCUGUACCCGCUGCCCAGCAAGGGCACCUUCCAGGAUCUCAGCGCGGGCGCGUCCCUGGCACCCUACCCCCCGGCAGAUUGGACCUCGCCAGAGGCGCCCACUGUGACGCGAAUCCGCAACGUCCUGGCCUUCCCCUUGCUUUUUGGCAGCUCGCAGGAGGAUGAUCCUUUUGGAGACUACGCCUCAGCAGAUACCGAGCAUGCGCUCGCGGAUGAGCGGGUCUUUGCGGUACUAAAGCUCACAAACCGCCUGAGCAAGGGCAACGGGCGCGCGCCGGUGAAUAUUGCCGCCAGCUCGCGGGAUAGGGCAGACCUGAAGUAUCAGCCUUUCGCCAAGAGGGACUCUGAGCUUCUGGAAGCCAUGUCCGAGUUCCUCAGAGAGGUCUACUUCAGCAUUGACCCCGUCACCUUUGGACCUCGCGCCAGCGCAUCGUUGGAUGUGCGGGAGGAGAUCGAGCCAUUGAACGCCCCAUCCAUGAUGAGCGGCCCAAGCCGGUCAAACCAGUCAGGCAGCCGAGCUCACAACCAAUCUGGCAGCCGGCUCUUGAGCCACGUGCAGAGUGGUGGCAGUGCUGCAAGCAUGGCCGCUGGGAUGUUUGGAAUCCUGGGCAACGCUUUCGCGAAAGGCAGCUCCCAGAAGCGGCGCGCCGCAGAGCUGCCGGACCUGCUGCAGAAGCCGGAGGUCCAAGUCACCUCAGACAGCUCAGAAUCUAUGCGUGCGGCGCCGGGCUGGGUGUACAAGGACAGGGCGUGA